AUGAGGGUUUCCAUUGCUUCCUUUGCCUUUGCAUGGCUUGUCACGUCCGUCGCAGCCUCUCCUGUUGUUGACAUUUCUGCUACCGAAGCAGCUUCUCCCCUCGAAGAGAGAGACUGCUCGAAAGCCGGUGCAUCUGUGGAGGCGCGAUCCCCCCCGGCACUCAGCCUGUUUAUUGUUGUAUUGGCUAUUCUUGCCAAUUUUGGGGGCGCCCUGUUGGAGUUUGUGCAAAGAGGUAGCAUGCUUGAAAUUGGAUGGUUUCUGAGCAAAUUUGAAGUCAUGAGGUGCAGCUACACCGUACAUCUUCAGGUGAUUGAUGAUAGUGAUGAGGUCUAG